AUGUACAUCAUUAUCGCUCUGCUGCUUCUUCUCAUCCUGUUGCUGCUUGCAUUGAUAUCAUCCUUCUUAAUUGCCAAGCAGAUAAAAAAGAGGCAUGAAUAUAACAAAGAUGGUUACCCGUAUCCUCCGUAUCGAUUGGAAAAGCCGUCUAAAGAGAUUUUGGCAGGAUGGGUGAAGGAAAUUACUAACAAGAACCCAUUGAUUUGGCGCUGUAUGGAUAGGCAAGUCAUUUGGUCAUAUCAGAAAGGAGACGGGACACAUAAGGACAUCGAUGUUUUGGUUGCAAACAAUGCUUCAUUUCUCAAAGAACACAUGCUUCCCCUUGCAGCCGUGAGUAGAUCUUUGGCUUACAUGCAAUUUCACGCUAAAUUACAAGCAUAA